GGGGCUGUUUCCAGCGGACCGCGGUAUGUGAGACACUGCAUCCAGUGCCUGCAGCGCGGGCUUUUUUGCUUCCGCGUUUGCGGUGUUUCAGUUGGUUCUACCCAGCAAUCGUGGCCCUUCCCAGAGUGCCGAAAUGCCACUUAGAAGAUCACUGAAAUUCGAUGAUGAGUUUGAAGAAAAAUCAUUUAGUCCUUCAAGAAUCAGAAGGAGGAAAAGUAUUACAGCUUACUCUCCAACAACUGGAACUUAUCAAAUGAGCCCAUUUUCUUCUCUCACAACCCUCAAAGAACAAGAGUGUGGAAACGGACCAUCAAAUGGAAAGAGAAAACGGAAUAGCCUCAGCUCACCUACAAGAAAGGAAUCCACGGCAAAAGACAGUGAUGAAUUCAUGGUGUUGCUAUCUAAAAUUGAGAGAUCAUCAGAAAAAACCAUGGAGAUAAUGAAAAAUUUAAGAAGUAUACAGGCUUUGCAGAACAACAGACAACUUGAAGAUCUCAUUGGUGUUUCCCUAGUGCCAUGUUUCUUAAAAAGAGAAGUGCAAAAAUCCAGAGAACUAAUGACAAAAGUAACAAAACAAAAACUGUUUGAUAAGAAGAAUUCAAGAAUUCCUCCCAAAGAACAUCAUCUUGACAGCUUUGAAUUCUUGAAAGCCAUUUUGAACUGAGUAUUCCCUUCAAGUCUGACAACUGUGCAUUAGUCAACCGGUAAUAAUGCAGCCCGGACUGAAGAAUCAGUGAAAGUUGAGUAUUUGUUAAUUUUUCUAAUAGGAAAAAAAUAAAGGAGUCCAUUAUACACUA